ACCGGCGGUCCGGCUCCUUCCUCCCGUCCCAACUCCCAACCCCCCCUCCCUCCCCUCUCCAGUCCCCAAACCCUACGCCUCGUCUCCGCCCGUCUCCGCCGCGCGCGCCGCUUCUCCCCUCGGCCCCCGACACGCCGGCCAAGCUGCCGAGUGACCCCUCCCUCCGCGCCGCGCCGCGCCGUGCAGCCGGUCGCGCGGCCACCCCCUCGGCGCCGCCCGCCGCCGAAUCCUUUGAUGUCUCCCACCUGCCGCCUCGGCUUCCUCUGGCCCUGGUCGCAGCAGAGCACCCAAGAGGUCCCCCGAGAGGCCGGUUCCGGCGUCCAGCACUUGGUUUCCUCACCGCAGCCGAGAUGAGCGGCGGCGGCGGCGGCGGCGACAAGGUCUUGCUAUUUGGGUCGUUUACGGAGGACGAGACUAAGUUGUUCCAGGGUCAUCCUCCCGAAACCGAAAGUCCUACUAAAAGUGUGAGGAAAACAUGGGAACUACCCGAGAUCCAGUUUGGCUCACUGAAUCUUUCAGUGCUAAGUUUACAGAAAGUGUCAAGUCCUAUUAUUAGAGGUGUUGUUCUUCCUGCAAAAUCAACCGAUGGCCAGGAUGGAGUGAUUGUCAAGGAGACUGCGUGCAGCAAUACAAAGGAAACUGUAAGAUCAAGCUUACCAAAUGGUGGACAAUUGCUGACCAAUGGAUGCCCCAUAACCAAUGUUUCUCCUAAUAAUGGCGUCUUUGAGAAUGUAAAGGAGACUGGGGCUGUGGUUCCAUCAGUUGUGCCUGUCAAAAACAUCAGCAGUACAGCACCACUUGCAGCGUCAAUCAAAUGCACUCAAAGCAGCAAUUUGGAUAAGGAAAUAACCGAAAAUGGAAGCCUAUUUGUUGAUACACCUAUCGUUGCAGCUCCAGCAGAUGAGGCAGUCACAAGCUUAAAUAAGAAAGCCUCUCUGAACAUGCCCUUGCUUCCUCAUGGUUUGAAGAACACAGGAAAUAUUUGCUUCCUAAAUGCGACUUUGCAGGCGUUGCUUUCGUGCUCGCCUUUUGUCCAACUUUUACAGGACCUGAGGAAUCGAAGUAUACCUAAGGUUGGCUACCCAACUCUGAAUGCAUUUGUUGAGUUCAUCUCUCAAUUUGAUGUGCUUGACGAGUCAGUUAUGAAGAAAAAUGAGAAGGCUGUUAUGGUUGCUGCAAAACCAUUGAAUCCUGCCAUGUUUGAUCGUGUUCUCAGAAAUUUUACUCCAGAUGUGCCAGCUGGAACAUCUGCUCGGCCAAGGCAAGAAGAUGCUCAAGAGUUUUUAAGUUUUGCCAUGGAUAGAAUGCAUGAUGAACUGUUGAAGCUUAAUGGCAAUGGUUCAAAUUCAAAGGAGGGUAUGGUUGUUUCUUCUGCUGAUGAUGAUGCUUGGGAGACAGUUGGACGAAAGAACAAAUCUUCAAUAAUUAGAACUCAGAGUUUUGUUCCCUCUGAGCUAAGUGCUAUUUUUGGAGGUCAGCUACAGAGUGUUGUGAAAGCUGCAGGUAACAAACCGUCAGCCACUGUUCAGCCGUUCCUGCUGCUCCAUCUUGAUAUAUUCCCCGAUGCUGUUCAGACGCUUGACGACGCACUUCAUCUGUUUUCUGCUCCUGAGUCUUUGGAGGGAUACAGAACAGCUGCUGGAAAGGCUGGUUUGGUGACGGCUAGAAAAUCAUUCAAGAUACACACACUUUCAAAGAUAAUGAUACUGCACUUGAAGAGGUUCAGUUAUGGAAACCAUGGAAGUACCAAAGUCUAUAAGCCACUCCACUUCCCUCUCCAACUUGUUCUUAGUCGGGAUCUGCUGACCUCACCGUCAUCGGAGGGUAGAAGAUAUGAGCUUGUUGGAACCAUCACUCAUCAUGGGAGGGACCCGUGCAGGGGGCAUUACACUGCUCAUGCCAAGCAUUCCAGUGGGCAGUGGCUCCGAUUCGAUGAUGAUACUGUCAAGCCUGUUGGUGUGAACGAGGUCUUGCAUGACCAAGCAUAUGUCCUGUUCUACAAACAAAUAUAAGCCUGAAAGUACUGCGGUGUCGAUUAGCCCAUCCUUAUUGCUUAAACAGCCAAAUAUACUGCCUAACUAUCGUCCUGUUAAUGUAGCUGCCGAGUAACCGCAGAGUAUUGUGUUAAGUACCCUGGUUGCCUGUGCUUAUUUAUAUGCUUGGUUACAUAGCGAGAGGGGGACUUUUUGUUCAGCCCAUUUUGAGGUUUUGUUAAAUUAAACUGCUCAUCAUUGUAUGGCCAGCAAAGUAAUCAUGAGAUGCUAAUCAUGUCACCCCUAGAGUUU